CUUUUCUGCUCUCCUGUGCGCUAAAGUUGGCGCUCAGUCAAGGCGCAGUCUGUGGGAGGGGUCUGCAGACCUCUGGGUGACCGGCAGGCAGACCGGGUCCUGGAUCUGAGUUCGGGCGGACUCUGCAGUCUGUUAUCGGACCGCAGCGGCGGGAUUCCGGUGCGUUUCCGUGUUGGCGGACUGCUGGGAGGUUCGGGAAGGGCGUGAUCCCCGCGGAGGCGGAACAGGGAGAAAGUGAGCGGGUUUCCUCCUGGUUGAUGUGAGUCUCUGAAACCAUGAGGACUGAAGAGCUGCUCAUUCUGGAGGCUGGAGAACUGUGCAGCAGCUAAACUUUAGAGUUCAGGGUGGAUCUUUGCUCGCUCUGCUUCACGGACCGAACCGGACGCAUGGGCUGCAGCAGCGGAACCAGACCGGGUCCUCAUGGCUGAUCUGGAACUGUUUCAUUUGGACGGGGCCCCUUCAGCACCGCGGACAGUUCCCCGGGGAGCGGAGAAGGAAACCUCCUUCAGCCGCAGGAAGGAUGAAGAUCCGCAGCUUCUUCAUCCUCAGCGGCAGCUGAGCCUGACAGCUUACAGCGAGCUGCUGGGAGAGGAGCAGGAGGAGCAGGAGGAGCAGGAGGAGGAAACCACAGAACUUUACCUUCUGUCCGAGGAUGAGCUGUCCUCUGACGGCUCACGGAGCUCCGUGGACUACGGCUUCAUCACCGCCGUGUCCUGCCUGGUCAGCGGCAUCUCCCUGGUCGCCAUCACCUACACCAUCCCCAGGGACGUGCGCGUGGACCCGGACAGCGUGUCCGCCAGGGAGAUGGAGCGGCUGGAGCGGGAGAGAGCCAGCGUGGGGGCCCAUCUGGACCGAUGCGUCAUAGCGGGACUCUGCCUGCUGACCCUGGGGGGCGUCCUGCUCUCCACGCUGCUCAUGGUCUCCAUGUGGAAGGCGGAGAUGAUGCGGAGGAAAGCCUUUGCUUACUGCAAACAUUCUGCCAACUUGUACGGAUCCAUGAGUCUUAGAGCGGGGUCCAGCUCGACCCUGGAGUCCUGCUCUACUGUCCCUGCAGCGGAGGAGGACCUGGAGGUUUUCAGCUGAAUUUAUGGACUAAAUAAAACAAGACUUUAAACUAAUUUAUUUCACUUUCAUUCAGCGCCUCUAAAAGAUGCAACAAGAAGCAAGACUUAGGCAGGGGCGGAUUUAGGAAAUGUGGGGCCCUAGGCAAAGACAGGCAGGGGCCCCUCUGAAUGGAGAAGCC